GCCAUGUGUCCCUUAGCGCCUGCACCAUUGCAAGCCGUCUUCCUGUUGGUUCCGUGAGAAAUUGUCACUGUUCUUGAAGAUCCCCUGUGCUCAAGGUCCUGAAGUAGCUCGAUAAGCGCAUCUCAACUGUAUCAAAUGCGCCACCUCUAUGCGGCCUUGCACCUUCUCUCGCUGUGGGGUCUAGCUGAGGAGCAACUUAUGGGCUGCUGCAAGGAAGGUGCGGAUGGCAAUGGAGAAGCUGGAGGUGGCGGCGUGGACAUUAACGAUCAGUGUGAGAGCGCUGGUCGUGGCAUUGAGGAAGUAUUGGACUUCGACAGAAAAGUUCAAAAUUGCGACAAGAGAGUUGGUAAUCAGUACGGAGGAGCUGGCGGUUACUUUGAAGAUGGCAAUGAACGCGGCCAGGAAGUUAAGAGUUGUUGCGAUGCGUUCAACCUCUCAUCGUUUCUGCAGAUGCAUUGGACUAGAUGCAUUUGAUGGUGAUGUCUGAGAGUCCUGUAAAAUCGAAAGGUCCUCGCAGGUCCCCAACAAUGCCACGCU